AUGUGUCUCUGGGGCGAGCCAAACACCAAAUACUACUACCACGAGGAAAUCAUCCCGGCCAGACGAUCGACUCACCAUCACGGCCAUCACCACGGCCAUCACCACGGCCAUCACCACCACCACCACGAUCACCACUCGCCGCGGGCCAGCUACACGAGCGUGACGCGGCGGUCGCCCUACGGCACCCCGCGGGUCAGCGGCACUUACCUCGGGCCCAGCGCGCCGGCCGGGGCCGUCGUGUACGAGCGGACGACGCAGACACGGCGCUAG